AUGGUCCGGCCCGUCGCGACCAUCCUUCUCUUCUCUCGAGCCAUCUACAAUGUCUUCUUCCACCCUUUAUCCCGCUUCCCCGGCCCUGUGUUCAACGCCAUCUCAAGCCUCCCCUAUUGCUACCACGUUCUCAAAGGCAGCCAAGUGUACGACAUGGUACGCCUGCAUGAGACAUACGGCGACAUCGUCCGUAUAGCCCCGAACCAGCUGUACUUCUCGCACCCGGAUGCGUGGCAGGACAUCCUGGCCUCUCGGCGAGGGGAGAAGAAAGAAGACAUGGAGAAGGCCGGAUGGUUCUAUCGGGCCAGCGAUGAGCUGCCGCCGCAUAUCGUGAGCACGACGAGAGAGCGACAUGACACUCUCCGCCGGGCCAUCGGCCCCAGCUUUGCAGAAAAGGCGAUCCGAGAGCAGGAGCCGGUGGUGCGGAAGUAUGCCGAUCUGUUGAUCGACCGACUCUCCUCUUCCUCUUCCUCCCGGGUGACGAUAUCCGACUGGUACAACUAUACCACGUUCGACGUCAUUGGGGAUCUGGCCUUUGGGGAAUCGUUCGGCUGUCUGCAGGCGUCGGAGUACCAUGAGUGGAUCAAGGAGGUCUUUGCCUCCAUCCAUCUGUUUGCCAUUGUCCAAAUGAUGGCCCUGUAUCCCUUCCUGAGGCGGUUCCUGAGCCUCUUCAUUCCCUCGUCCAUGAAACAGGCCCGUCUGCUGCAUAAACAGCACACCGUGGAGAGACUGCGUCGUCGCAUGGCGAUAGACCGACAGGACAUUAUGAAGGGGUUCAUCACGACGUGCUUCUCGACCGACGAGCUCAUCUCCAACGCGGAACUGCUGACGGUGGCCGGGUCGGAGACUACAGCGUCACUGCUCAGCGGCGUGACAUAUCUGCUUCUCACGAACCGAGACAAAUACCAGAAGCUCGUCGCCGAAGUGCGCUCCUCCUUCCAGACCGUCGAGGAGAUCAACUUUGUCUCUCUCGGCCAGCUGCCGUACCUGCUCGCCUGUCUCGACGAAGGCCUCCGUCUGUAUCCGCCUGUCGCCAUUGCCUCGCCGCGCGUUGUGCCAGAGCAGGGAGCGUACAUCCUGAACACAUUCGUUCCUGGCAAUACCACCGUCGCCGUCCAUCAAUACUCGUUGUUCCGCCGGGCGAAAUACUUCAAGCAUGCAGAGCAGUUCAUCCCUGAACGCAUCUCAGACCGCGAAUACGCAUCGGACCGUCGAGACGCCCUGCAGCCAUUCUCAUUCGGGCCUCGCAAUUGCAUCGGAAAGAGUCUUGCGUAUCAUGAGAUGCGCCUCAUUCUGGCCCUGAUGGUCUUUACUUUUGAUAUGGAGCUGUGUGAGGACUCGAGGAACUGGAUGGACCAGAAGAACUUUCUCUUAUGGCAGAAGGGGGGGUUGAACAUCUUCAUAAGAUAG